UAUGUCAAUCCUCCGUUCCUCCGAAAAACCCUAGCAGCUAUAUUAGACGCCGCUCGCGCCUCGUUGCAGAAGAGCUGCCGUCCUUCCUGAGAUCCAGCCCUCUUGUUGUGUUGUCUCAAAGAAGAAAUGGCGCCAAAGAAGGAGAAGGCUCCGCCUCCGGCCUCCAAGCCGGCGAAGUCUGGUGGAGGAAAGCAGAAGAAGAAGAAGUGGAGCAAGGGAAAGCAAAAGGAGAAGGUGAAUAAUGCUGUUCUGUUUGAUCAAGCAAGCUAUGAUAAGAUGCUUACAGAAGUUCCCAAGUAUAAGAUGAUUACACCAUCCGUAUUAUCCGAUAGAUUGAGGGUAUGGUCUUCAUCGAAUUUUCUACUUGUUUUUCAUUCUCUGUAA